AGGUGCGGCACAGCCCGCGGGAACUACAUGUCCCGGGAUGCCGCGGGGCGCGGGCGGCGCGGGCGCGGCGGCGGCGGCGGCGGCGGCGGCGGGGGCGUAGCGAAGAUGGCGGCGGGGGCGCUGCGCCCCGCUCCCGGCUGAGGCGCGGCGCGCUCCUUGCGCCUCAGUGCGGCGGCGGCGAUGUCGGAGCCGGAGCACCUGGGCGGGAAGCGGGCCGAGUCGGCGCGGCUGCGGCGGGCCGAGCAGCUGCGGCGCUGGAAGGGCUCUCUGACGGAGCAGGAGCCGGUGGCGGCGGGGGGCGGCCGCGGCCGGCACGGCGGCGCCGGGGGGUCCCGCGUUCGGUUCGAGGAAGGCGCCGUCUUCCUGGCCGCCUGCUCCAGCGGGGACACGGAGGAGGUGAAGCGCCUGCUGGGCCGCGGCGCCCGCAUCAACACCACCAACGUGGACGGGCUGACAGCCCUGCACCAGGCCUGUAUAGAUGAGAACCUCGACAUGGUGAAGUUCCUUGUAGAAAAUGGAGCCAAUGUCAACCAACAAGAUAACGAGGGCUGGACCCCUCUUCAUGCAGUGGCAUCAUGUGGCUAUCUGAACAUAGCAGAGUACUUAAUUAGUCAUGGAGCCAAUGUGGCUGCUGUGAACAGUGAAGGUGAAGUCCCGUCUGACAUCGCAGAGGAAGCAGCCAUGAAGGACCUGCUUCUGGAACAAGUAAAGAAACAAGGUGUAGACCUAGACCUGGCGAGAAAAGAAGAGGAGCAGCAAAUGCUACAGGAUGCCCGACAGUGGCUGAACAGUGGGAGAAUUGAAGAUAUAACGCAGCCUCGAACAGGUGCCACGGCUCUUCAUGUUGCUGCAGCAAAGGGCUAUUCUGAAGUCAUGAGGCUUUUGAUCCAGGCUGGGUUUAAUUUGAAUGUCCAGGACAACGAUGGCUGGACUCCACUCCAUGCUGCUGCACACUGGGGAGUGAAGGAAGCCUGUUCCAUCCUGGCUGAGGCACUGUGCGAUAUGGACAUCAGGAACAAGCUGGGCCAGACGCCAUUCGACGUGGCUGAUGAGGGACUAGUUGAGCAUUUAGAAAUGCUGCAGAAGAAACAGACUGUGUUGCGAAGUGAGAAGGAGACGAGGAAUAAGCUAAUUGAAGCUGACAUGAAUGGCAAGCCUCAGAGCAGACUCUUCACCAACAAAGAGAAGAUUCUUUAUGAGGAAGACACACUGAAGUCCAUGGAAAUGGAGGAAGAAAACAAGGACUCUAGCAGUUCUAGUUCUGAAGAAGAGGAAGAAGCUGAAGAAGAUGAAGUUUCAGAAUCAGAUGCUGAAAAGGACUCAGAAAGGAAGGAAGAGCCCUUUGCCAACCACUCCAGCCAUGAAACCAGGCCUAGCACCACUGAGCAAAUACCGCCACCCGAGCCCAACUCCUUCACUGCAUCUGCCAGAAGAUUCAGUUGGCUCAGCAAAUCAGAUGAGCAGAAGGAUGAAUCACCUUCGUCGUGGCGGCUGGGACUACGGAAGACUGGCAGUCACAACAUGUUGAGUGAGGUUGCUGCUACUCGUGAUGCACAGAGAGAUAAGACUUCUAUCUAUCGUUCUUCGUCAAGUCCUCGGAUAUCUGCGUUAUUAGACAACAAAGAAAAGGAUAAAGACAACAAAAGCUAUCUUGCCACAAUAGCCCCCAGAAGACUAAGCAGUACGAGUGAUAUAGAAGAAAAAGAAAACAGAGAAUCAGCUGUUAACCUGGUGCGGAGUGGCUCUUACACCAGGCAGCUGUGGAGGGAUGAAUCAAAGGGAAACGAAGCUCCCCAUUCUGGUGCACCUACUACCUAUGUAUCUACCUACUUGAAAAGUGCUUCAUUUGGUAGAAGUAGUGACCUCAGCAGUCCCUACAUUUCAGCCAGUCGCAAUACAUCUCUAGCUACCUCACCCACUACCAUUGGUUCAUCUACCUCAUUGGGCACCCCGUGGCAACCUGUCUCUUCCUGUCCCACAUCUCUCGGUGUGAACACUACUGCAUCAGCCCGCCAGUAUACCAGAGCCCCUUUCAGGCAACAAACUGAUUCUGCUGUAGAGAAAAAUACAGAGAGCAUCUCUGCUAGCACCCCCCUAGGUGUAAUCACAAAUCGUGCUAUACUCGGCUCUGCUAAUGGCAUUGCGAAUGCUGGUGCUGCCUCAACUACAGGAAAGGACUUCUCAGCUGAGGAAGCCAGGGAGCGCAGAAGGUCAUAUCUGACUCCAGUGCGGGAUGAGGAAGCAGAAUCACUGAGGAAGGCACGAUCCAGGCAGGCCCGGCAGACUCGCAGGUCUACACAGGGUGUGACACUGACAGACCUUCAGGAGGCAGAGCGAACCUUCAGCCGGUCUCGGGCAGAGCGGCAAGCGCAGGAACAACAAAGCGAGAAAGCUGAGAGCACUGAGCCUGCUGAGGACAGCAGUGAGAGGCAGGAGACCCGGUCACGGUGGAGCAGAAAUGCAGAUGAGGAGACUGUCUAUCGGCGAUUAAGGUGCCCAGUACAGCCAGACAAACCUACAACACCUGUAUCUCCUUCAACAUCAGCACCUCUCCUUUACACAAGUUCAUACCUGACUCGAACAAAUAAGUAUCUAGGUCUUGACUCUGUGAAUCCAGCAGAUUUCAGAGGUGCAACCACAGAAAUGGAAAAAAAUGAAUGUGAAGAUCAGGAUUUAGAUGACAGAUCUCCAAACAAACAGUCAAUCCGAGAGAGGCGGCGGCCAAAGGAGAGGCGAAGAGGCACUGGCAUCAUUUUCUCAACGAAUGAUGAUGAUGAUGAAGUUGAUGGAAAUGAGGAAGUGAAGGAAACUCGGCAUGAAAGACUUUCCAGGUUGGAAGCAGCUACGAACCCUACCACCAGUGACUCCUCCUACAGUGAUCGUGCCUCCAGCCGCUCCAGUGCCUACGCCCGGAGGGAGAACCGGUUAGCCGCCCUCAGCAGCAGAGCAGAAGAGGAGAGUAACAGGGACUAUAAAAAAUUAUAUGAAAGCGCCCUGUCUGAAAAUCAAAAGCUGAAGUCAAAACUGCAAGAAGCCCAGCUUGAGUUGGCCGACAUCAAAUCAAAGUUGGAAAAAGCAGCCCAGCAGAAACAGGAGAAAACUUCUGACCGGUCCAGCAUGCUGGAGAUGGAGAAAAGGGAGAAGCGAGCCCUGGAGCGGAAACUCUCUGAAAUGGAAGAGGAGAUGAAGGUUUUGACAGAGCUGAAGUCGGACAACCAAAGGCUCAAGGAUGAGAAUGGAGCCCUGAUUCGUGUCAUCAGCAAGCUCUCCAAAUAGGAAGCCUGAACAAAGGCAGGACGAAGAGGGGUGCCCUACACAAGCUGCCAACCCCGCCACCAAGCCCUACCCUGCUCUUUUCCUCCUGUCAAGUACAGCAAGCGUUUCAGCCAUGGGAUCAAUCUGUCACACCUGUCUUGCCCUGUCCUUUGCUGUACAUUCCCUUUCUGCCCUUAUUUCCCCCACAACACACACCCCUGCCAUUUUAUUGUUUUUAAUUUAAGCAUGUUGUGGUAUCUCGGACAUUUUAUUCAAGGGAGAAGAGAAACCUGAGGACUGGGUUUGAGCUGCCAAAACUACUUCUUCCAGAAGCCCAGCAUUUGGUGGUGGACUCCGAUCUGGAAUAGGUAGCUCCUACUUUAAAAAGUGACACCUAAAGAACUAACCCAGCACAUCCGAGCCCUUUCCAGAUGGGAAAUGUGAACAUGGGCUGGGACUCUGAGGAUGCACAUCAACCCACCCGAGAUGUGGGACUCUGGUUAAAAUGUGAUGCUGUGAAAGCUACCAGGGCUGAUUUCUGCCACAGGCUGAUGACAGCUGCUUUGCACAGAGACCUUCUUAAUCCUUUCACCCCAGUAGACUGAGUCUUUUAUUUAAUACAAGAUUUCAAACCUGUUCAGUAACAUCAGCACUGAUGCUCAGCAUCAGACCCCUUAUCCCUCACCCUGCCUUUCCUCUGCAGCCUGGGUAGUUUGGUAUCACACCACAUCCUUCCAGGGCUCCUGUCUCCGUUAGUAGCAUCUGCUAAUUGCAUCUGGACUCAUUCUCCUCUGGAUAGGAUGUAUCACAGAUACUCUCCAAGCUUUCUGAAGGACGAGCUUGAACCCCUAGAGAUCCUCUGCUGCUUUCACGUGCAUAUGAGCGUGAAUCACCUUGCAGGGAGCUGUACCCACACCAGAAACCAGUCUCCCUGUCCCAACAGCCGCCUGGGACGUUUUCCUGCUAUCUCCGGGAAGGCAGAGCCCUGUAGAGGAGUCUGGUCUGGUAUCUUGGGUACCUUGCUUUGAUUUGCAGCAAGAGGCUGAGCACAGGAAAGGUAGCACUGGUUGGUUGGUAGAGGGAGGGAAUGCCAGAGUCCAGUCCCACCCACCCAUCUGGUGGCGAGGAGGCUUGAUGCAGCUGGGUUUCAAGGCAGAGGAGCACGAAGCGGUGAUCACUUGUCCUCCCACGUGCCUUGGGGAGGUGUGUGUGCACUGGUGUCAGAGGGACAAGGAGCUACCCUUGGGCAUGCAGGUAACUGUAUCACUAGGGUACAGUUUUUAAUCCGUCAAAAGCUUGCAAUAAGCCUUGACCUUGAAGGAAACCUCAAAAAAACCCCUCUUUAAUGUUAUACGUACUCGGAACAGUUUGAAAUUGUUCUCUCUAUGGGCAUUUAGACUGUGGCUCCUCUAUGUGCUGUGUGAUUCUGAUGAUAGCAGCAGUAACCUGUCAUCAGAUCUGUUGAGCUUCCCCUUAAUAGACUCAUCUCGAAUGAUACCUUCCCUCUCAGAGACUUCCUGCUGUAUCCAAACCUCUUUCCCAUCUACAUCCUUCCAUAUUUGUCCUUUCAUUUCCUUUGUCCUUUGAUUUCCCUGCUCUUUCUGGCUGAGAGUUGCAGUCUCGGUCGUUGACUUUGGAGGUUGCCAUGAAGAGGUUCUACCUGCGUUCCCGGGCACCUCUGCUGACUGGCUCAUGGCUCCUGCCAGGCUGGUGGGACACUUUCCACUACGUGAGAGAUAGAUGAGAUACUUGAAGAUGAGCAUAAUUCUUGAGCUUGCUCAACAGGGUAAAAUUUAUCAGUCAAUCCUGGGCUUUUUGGAACAUUUUACUGGUUAUUGCUUCAGAAAGCGUGGGUUUUUUCUGUUUUUUUUUUUUUUUUUCCCCCUAACUCUCCAUUUCCCUGCCCCACCGCCACCCCCACCCCCGCCUGUUUCCACCUCUCUAGCUCUUCUCAGAGCUGCUGGUUUUUCCCCAGGCAGCUCUAGAUGGAGGUUCCUCUUCCACUGCUCUUCAGCCAGUGGAGCUGUUUGUGCGCGGCAUGAGAUGCCGUUUCUCCUGGUACACUGAGACCCUUCCUCUGCUGCUGUGCUUUGGGGAGGAAGAGACCAAAGCUGGUAAUGGCAUCAGGGUUUCUGCAGAGCACUGCCUAAGCCGGGCAUCCUUUUUAUAUUACUUUAUUUUAACCCUGCUAUAUUUAACAGCUUUAAGUCUUGAGAUCCGGUCAAUGCUUUUUCUGCACGCCGUUCCCACUUGGUGCACUCUUUAUGUGAGUACUUCUGCAGUUCUUGAUGUUUUUUCUCUUGGUGACCCACUCCUCGCUUCAGACUUGGGCUCUCUCAGCUCUGAACAGGAGUCCAGUCCCUUCUGUGCCACGCGGAGAAGAAGAUACCUGCUGAGGCUGCUGGUGGUUGGCGCAGCGUCUCAGGUUGUGCAUCCCAGCAGGACGAGGGACGAGAUUUCAGACGAAGAUCCUGUUCUUCUCACGAGGCAGGUUCCUGGCAGUGUGAAGAAGCCUGGUAUCUGUUUUAGGGAGAGGGUUCAACCCAAUCUGACAAAUCCAUCCUGCACUGACGUUUUGCCCCUUCCUACCAGGACACUCGUUGCAUUUUAUCCUAAGGAACAGUAUGCAAAGGGUGCGGAAGGCUUAAUUCCUCUGCGUGGCACCUUAAGCCAAACCACUUUAGAUAAAGUGUCUGCUUAGCACUGGAUUAUCCCCCUGAACUCUGACUAGGGUAGAGGACCCACCAACAGUUUAGUCUCACUGACUAGCCAAAGCUGUGAGUAAUUCAUGAUGAUGAUGCAAUUGCAAAACGAAUUCUUGAGAAUGAAUUUUUUUGGUCUCACUUAAUGCCUGACAUAACCAGUGCACUGAGGAGGUAACGAAUAGGACACCUUGCACUCUGCGCUUGGGACAGAGUGCAGAGCAAGCAGUUUUUAAAACUGAUCCCUAUUUGAACCAGAGCAUUUGCCAGACGUGAUCUCCAUUGGAGAACACAAGCUUUUUUUCUAAGCAGUUGCUUGGGGUGAAUUCAUUUUUAUUGCUUGGGGUGAACCCGCCUGUUGUGGCUGCGAGUUUGAUGAUGGCUCUUUGUAAAUAAACUCCUUGGAGAAGCAGGACUAGCUUACGAGAUGGGGAGAGAAUGUAUUUUUAUGCAACUUUUGAGUGGCCUUUCAAACCCUGAGAUGAAUGAUUUGUUUUACUGGUUGUUGUUAUAUAGUAUUAUAACUAUUAUGUGUUUGAAAGUUUGGGAAUAAUAUUCACAUCUAUGAUGCUUGUAAACACAACAGUAUUUAUAAAUGAAUAAAAAUAAGAGUUGAUAAAAUAGAAGCUUUGGCUUUGCUUCCA